AUGUGCAUGUUCUUUUUGAGACUUCUCUCAAUUGCAUUACUACUACAGUUUACUUUGGCACAAUCUGGUAGCUUCAGUCUCAAGCUCAUCCACCGAGAUUCAGUGGAGUCACCUCUCUAUCCAGGUAAGCUUUCAAGCGAAGAGAGAACUUCUAGGUAUGUUAAUCGAACUAUAGCCCAUGCCAGUCGGAUGAUCCAAAUAGCUGGAGGUAGUAGUCCCGACGAGAUAAGUAUUCCUGUUGAUUUCCAUGGUUUCGAAUUUAUAGUUAUAGUCGGUAUCGGUACAAUUGAUGGCCAAUAUCAAAACUAUUAUCUUAUAUUCGAUACUGGGAGCAAUUUUUUGUGGUUACAAUGUGAAGGAUGCAAAAGUUGUUUCCGUCAAAGAUCUCCACUAUUUGGGUGUUCUAGAUCAACUACUUAUCAUCCUCUUCGAUGUGAUAUUGAGCCUCCCAACCCCCUAUGUACACCCGGUCAAUGCUGGGAAGAUACAAGUUUAUGCUCAUACAGAGUACAGUAUGCGAAUGCUCAGGGUCCCGUAACAGAGGGAGUCAUUGCAAGUGAAAAAUUUACAUUCAAUGAUGCUGGGGGCACAGCUUCUAUCAAUGACAUAGUCUUUGGCUGUGGCUUGAACAAUGUUAACUUUGAUACUCAAUUUAUGCCAAAUAAUGAGAUAGCUGGUAUAAUGGGUAUAGGGUCUAGACCUCAAUCCAUCAUUUCGCAGUUGGGCGAUCGCUUCCAGCAUCGAUUCUCAUAUUGCUUGCAGCCAAUGUAUGGUGAUCAAGGGAUUAAUACAUAUCUACGAUUCGGAGAAGACGCAAAAAUAUAUCCACACGGCCGAGUAGUUAAAACUACCCCCAUUUUGACAGGACGUGCUGUAGGUCUUUACUACUUGGACUUCUUGGCUCUCAGCAUUGCAGAUCAACGUGUUUCCGAUCCUCCUCUAACUCUUUGGCCGACAGUAAUAGACUCAGGAAGUCCCUACACUUUAUUUCCCCCAGGCCCUUUCGCAAGUGUGAAAUCUUAUCUGUUACGUUACUUGCAACCUUAUAAUGUGAAGAUAAUCCCACCAAGGGAUCUUAUGGAUCUAUGUUUUGAUCGGACUAAUGGGUUCAACAAUUUUCCGAGCAUCACAUUCCAUUUCAGAAAUGCUGAUCUUGUUCUUUGGCCUGAAAAUUCAUUUCUGAUUGAGGAUGAUUACUUUUGCUUAGCAAUAGCACCUAUUAAUGGAUUACAACAGAUUCUGUUCGGAGCAUACCAACAAGCGAAUUUCCGGUUCUUAUUUGAUUUACAUGGAAAAACCCUCUCCUUUUCUCCGGAGGACUGCUCUAAGGAUUCUAAUUAG